AUACUACAUCUCCCUAAACCCUCCAGCUCCCCAACCACCAACGCAAGACCAGAGCAGAAUCAAAACAAAUGUUCGACCUCCCACUGUCCAUACGACCGGAAUGCACUAGUCUCCUGGACCCUUCUAGUCUUAACUUAUUCUUCAGCCUCUUUAUCCUCGCUGGGAUCCUGCUUUCGUACCUGCCCCAACACUACCGAAUAAUAUCGCGAGGGACGUCCGAGGGAAUUAGUCCAGUCUUCUUACUCCUUGGUGUGACCAGCGGAACAUGCGCUUUUGCGAAUAUAUUGAUACUGAGCAGGGGCGUGCUUGCAUGCUGCGGGAAGGGCAUCGGCGGGUUUAAUUGCUUCGCGGCGAGUUUAGGGGUUGCGCAGGUUGGUGCGCAAUGGAUUUGUUUUGGAGUCAUGUUAGUUUGCCUCCCUGCCUUCUGCCCCUGUGUUGUGGGUAAAUGAGAAUGUUGGUGUUGACGAAGAACUACAGAUUACUCCUAUUCCUCAUCUAUUUCCCGCGAGACGUCAUAGCCGCCCCGGCAACCUCUCGUUUCUCCAUGCCAAAGACUCAAUCCGCGCUUACAACCGCAGUCCUCUGCGUAGUGCACCUUGUCGUCGUCGCCGUACUGACGUUUUACUUCUCGCUCUUGUCUCCUCCAGCAUCCUAUCCAACUCGCUCCGACACAAGUGUCUCCCCACAAUUAACCUCCUGGGCGAAUUUCCUGGGCAUUCAGUCUACCGUCCUAGCCUCUUUGCAGUACCUCCCACAGUUAUACACUACCUGGGCGCUUAAGCACGUUGGAUCGCUUAGUAUCCCCAUGAUGUGCAUUCAGACUCCCGGAUCAUUCGUUUGGGCGAUUAGCCUUGCCAGCCGCGAGGGAACAAAAUGGAGCAGUUGGAUCACGUAUGUUGUUACGGGGGUUCUCCAGGGUGUAUUACUGGCUAUGUGUAUUAUGUGGGAGCUCAAGGACCGCAAAGAGAGAAAGGGGAUGGAUGAGAGCGAAAAUAGCGCUGUGGUCGAGAGUGAGAGGAGGCCUUUGUUGGCCAACGAGGUUUCAUAGGAGGCAAAGGGCACGAUUGUUUGGAACCGGGUGUGGGCACAGGCGAUAUUAGCUCUCUUGUAGCCGAUUUAUUUGUUAUUAUGCUGUUGCUUUGAACGGGUCGAUGGGGAUUACAAUAUUGGCCCCUCAUGGAAUGGGUUCUCUGGCGCGUCCGCCCAAUCUAACCUCUAUCGCUCUCACCUUCCCCACAUUUACCGCCUCAAUAACUCCAUCUACUCCGCCCUCAUUCCAACUCUUCCCAAAACUAUAGAUGGCCCCAUCAGCCCCUCAUUCCCCAUAAUUUGUAACUUAGAAAAGAAGAGAACUUGCUGAGCGAUC